GUAAGGCGUGGGUGGGGCUUGCAGCCGGAAGUGGCGGGGCCGGGGGCGUGGCCAGGGCGUGGCGGGAAGCGAGAGGCGCCGACAUUCGCUCCUCCCCCCCAUGGGGUUCCCUCUCGCUCCCCCCGCCCGCGAUGGCUCCGGGGGUCUCGGCGCCGCCCCCGGGGCUGCCCUGGGCGGUUCCGGUGCUGCGGGGCGCUCAGGUGCUGCGGCGGGCGCUGCUGCGGGCGGGGCUGGGGCUCAGCCUGGCGCUGCUGCUGCUCUGGGCCUCGCUGUUCCUGUAUGGCUCCUUCUACUGGGCCUACCUGCCCGCGGCCGCCGUGGUGAGGCCGCUGCACCUGGGAUUCAGGUCGGACUGUGACCGCCCCGGCCCCGAGCUCUGCUCCUUCCCCUCGGCCAACGUGUCCCUGCUGGGGGAGCACCGCGAGAAGGUGCUGCUCUACGGGCAGCUGUACCGGAUCUCGCUGGAGCUGGAGCUGCCGGAGUCGCCGGUGAAUCGCGAGCUGGGGAUGUUCAUGGUGACCCUGACCUGCUACGGCAGCGGCGGCAAAACCCUGGCCACGGCCGCCAGAUCGGCCAUGCUCCAUUACCGCUCGCGGCUGCUCCGCGCUCUGCACACCGCGGCCUUCGCCGGGCUCCUCCUCAGCGGCUUCACCGAGCAGAGCCAGACCCUGGAGCUGGAGCUGCUGGGGCGCUACCGCGAGGACCCCUACACCCCGACCGUGGGGGCGUUCGUGGAGGUUCGCAGCCGGCGGGUGCAGCUCUACGGGGCGCGGCUGCGCGUGCACGCACACUUCAGCGGCCUCAGGUACCUCCUGUACCACUUCCCGCUGACCUCGGCCGUGCUGGGCGUGGCCGGGAACUGGACGCUGCUGGCCCUGCUGACCCUCGGGGGGUACCUGCAGUGGGGGAGGGGCCCGCGCCGGCCCCGCCCCGCCCAGGAGCUCCGGAGCCAGGGAGGAGCCCCCGGGGAGGGGGAGGGGACAGACGUUUCAGCGCCCCCCCAAAAUUCGGAGCCGCCCGAAAUCGUGGGAGCCUCGGAGCCGAGCCAAGACCCCGCCCUGCUCAGCGCCGCCAACGCCCCCCCCAAGGAGGGAGAGGGGCAGGACGAGGAGGGGGAGGAAGAGGGAGAGGAGGAAGAGGGGGUCACCCCCACGCCCCUCCCCCCACUCCUGGACGCCCCCUCCCCUCGCCAGCGCCACGUCUGCUCCAGCUCCUGAACCCCUCCCCCAAAUUCGGGGGGAUCACAAUAAAGGCCUUGACCCCUUCCCCACCUUCUCCCCAGUUUUGGGGGAUCUCAAUAAACGCUUGGACCCUUCCCCCACA